GCUUUUAUUGUGAAGGGUGAGCCCUGGCUCUGCUGUGUUGGUGCUGCUGGUUGGAGCUGGAGCACAGGCCGCAGUGAUUUGGUAGCCGCUGCAGUAGGAGGAAGGACCGCGGUUCUACCCUCUCUAUAUCUUUCACUUUCGCCUCGAAAUCCUCUCAGAGGUUCCUUGUUGAAGCGACCAGUACACUGAGCACACAACACCGUGUUCUAUGUUAACUGAGCCCUAGUUUUCAAGACGGACAGUGAUAUCCAUCGCCAUUUUAAUCGCACGUUUCCCCUGACAGAAGCGCUAGCACAACAAUGGCUCUGAAAAGAAUUCACAAGGAAUUGAAUGACUUGGCACGGGAUCCUCCAGCCCAGUGUUCUGCAGGACCAGUAGGAGAUGACAUGUUUCACUGGCAAGCCACAAUAAUGGGACCAAAUGACAGUCCUUACCAGGGUGGUGUUUUCUUCUUGACUAUACACUUUCCCACAGACUACCCCUUCAAACCGCCAAAGGUUGCAUUUACCACAAGAAUCUACCACCCAAAUAUAAACAGCAAUGGCAGCAUUUGUCUUGACAUCCUGCGAUCACAGUGGUCCCCGGCUCUUACCAUCUCCAAAGUCCUUCUGUCCAUCUGCUCUCUGCUGUGUGACCCAAACCCAGACGACCCCUUAGUACCUGAGAUCGCUCGCAUCUACAAGACGGACAGGGAAAAAUACAACAAAAUAGCUCGUGAAUGGACACAAAAGUAUGCAAUGUAGUGUUGGAGUAGAAUCAUGGCCAACCACCUCUACGUUGUUACGGUUAGGGAAGCUUCAGAAGUAAAGAGAAAACAAACAAAAAAAAAAACAAAAAAA